UUUGUAUUUUCAUUAAGUCUCCAACCCUCCAGUCUUCACGACUGAUCUUUCAAAUGUAAAACUAGACCUCCAAUGCCAAGAACUAGCCUGUCAAGAAAAAAUCAAGUUGCGACGGAAAAUUGCAAAUCAGGAGGCAUUGAAAUUUUUAAUUAAAAAAGCCGUUUUUAAUAUUCACACGGCCCUAUAGAACAUGAUCAACAUUAUCGUUGUAAUGUUUUCUUUUCUGUGUGUGACAGCAAUUUUUGGUAUCUUCUUGCAAAUGGUAAAUAUGAAAGGGACACCAAAAAUUAUGUAUGAUUUAUACUCCCAUGGAAAAAGUUGUGAAGGGAAAUUAUUUUCUACAUUGAUUUCAGCUGUUCUAGUUCCAAAGAGUUGGUUUUUUCACUUCUAUCUCUUUUCAACAAUUUAUACAUUCAUUAUUUUAAUAGUAAUAGUAUGGAUGAUUUUGACAAAAAAUCAGCUUCCUAUAUUUAUUACUAUGUACAUUAGCUCUCUAUCUGCUCAUUCCUGCAUAAAUAUAGCCAGCCCUGAGAUAUCACUUUUGGCUGCCACACUUUUUCUCCUUCAGGUUUCUAGACGGAUGUAUGAAAGUAUGUAUGUCACCAUUUUCUUGGACUCAAAGAUGAACCUUGGCCACUAUAUAGUUGGGUAUCUCCAUUACUGGGGUUGUGGCACUAUCCUUCUUUCGUAUGCAGCUUGCCAAUCUAUUCAAGAAAACCACAUGCAUGAACAGGCAAGAAAUGAAAUUUGUUUACAACAUGUCAUUGGAACAGUUUUAUUCAUCAUUGCAUUCCAUCAGCAGCAUAUAGUCCAUGUUACUUUGGCAAAUUUAAGGAAAAAUCCUCAUAGUAUGCAAAAACAUAGUCUUCCACAAGGCGGUCUUUUUAAUUAUGUGUCUUGCCCAAACUUUCUCUGCGAAAUCAUCAUUUACCUCGCAAUUAAUCUUCUACUGGGAGUCGAUUAUUAUCCCUGGACGCUAAUAACAUUUUGGGUCUUGACAAACCAGAUUAUGAACGCUACCAUAUCCCAAAAGUGGUAUAAAUCGAAAUUUAAGGAAUUCCCGCCUACAAGAAAAGCCUUGAUUCCUUUCGUGUACUGACACAAACUCGGAUAAAAGAUGGAAACAAUAACCACCCUACAGUUUAUAGUGAAAUGCAAUAACUUAUUGGUUACUUCUUUUCUUAAGUUUGCCACAGUGUCAUUUAAAUUUAAUUUGUCGAUCAAACAAAGAUCUCGAAAAUCAGA